CAAAAAUUAUUUCUACCUCCUACUCCUGCAAGAACGAAUAUUUGGGUAGAUUCAGUUCAUACAAUUAAGUUGGUAUCUAUUUCAUAGAUAUCUUGCUUAAAACGUCGAUAUAUAUCCUUUGUGUUAUAUUUGGUUAUUUUUUUAUAGAACAUAGUCCUUUUCUUGAUAAACCGCUUUUUUUUUCGUCCCUUAGUUAAACAAAGCCAUCUCUUUGUUUUUGUGUAUGUAUUUGAUUGAUUGGAGGAAUUCGCUUUAAAGAAGAAAAUAGACAAGGAAAUGGAUUACUAUGACAUUGAUGGUAUUCUGUCUGAAAACCAAAAAGUUCCCUGUACCUGCAAUGUCUCUAUUCCGGGAUUAGGACAUGAGGGCCGAGAGGUUCCUGCAGGUUCAAAAGUUGAGUUACCUUUCUGGCUUGCUGAAGUCCUUGCUGUUAAUUCGUUUGUCAGUAUUCAUAUGCCUGCUCCCUUUUCUUCAGUUGUACGCAAUGCUUUAAAAGCAAGUCCUACAAGUGUACUUCUGAGAGACAUUUGUACAACUUACUAUCAUUUUGCCGAAAAUAUGCUUCACGUAAUUUCUGAUCAACAGCUUGCUCAGUUAAGUCUUGAUACACUACGAAAACGAUCUUUAGUUAUCGCCGAUGGUGCUCUAAAUCCUCAUGGAGCUUUGCAACAAAACUCGGACUUUAUCAAUGGACUGGAUGACUUUGAAAAAUACCUCCUGAGAAUCGCACACUCUACUCACCGUAAUCUUAUACAUUGGCAAAACUCUACUGAUAAUUGAUUCCCUUCCCAUUAAUGACAAUAAAUCUCUUUAGCUAACCCAUUCAUGCUCUUUCUACAUUUUAUGUCAUCUAUAAUUAUUACAAGUACUACAAGAUACGACUUAUACAGUCAGCAGCUUAAAGUUUUGGUCAAAACACUGUAUUUUAUUUCUUAAAUCAUUUCCCAUACUAAAUAUACUGGUUAGCUAAAGCUCAAGAGGUUUCAAAGAGACAAAGCAGUAGUUCAUUAGGAAAAAUCAGUAAUAACGCCUUGUCACAGGCUAUUAUCGUCACUGAUGGACUACGCAGACCGUCGUGAUUAUUAAAGUAAGCAUCAUGGUAUUCCACAAAGCCACGCACUUUGUCUUUUGCGAGCGAAAACAACAUACCAAUUACGCAUGGAAAACAGGCAACAUAUGUGUUUUUCCAUCGAAACAUCGAAC